AUGCACAUAGCAGGUCUGGAAAGUAAUGACACACCGCAGAAUGAGCAAGAAUCCGGUGCCUUGCCAAGCAUAGUGGGAAUGGUUGCUGAAUCUGGGGAUGAUAACCCUCACAUUGUCAGCCCGGCCGUAGCGGAGGAUAACCGAUUUCUUGAGAACUAUCUUUGGACGGGACCCGAAUCUAAUCGCUCUUUCAGACCGGUACGAUUUAACUUGGUCCCAAGGAGGCCGUUGGGGGUUUGUGCAAGCCAGACACUGGCUGCAGCCAAAUGUGAAGUGAUUGAGAAGUCUUUUCAAAGAGCAAAUGUAUGCUUCCCAAUCUUUGACGAAGCUUCAUUCAGAAGUGCAUAUUCUCUUCAGAGGGACAAACUCUCGCCUGCUUUACUGUGUAAUCUAUAUGCCAACUCCUUGGUCUAUUGGCAAGCAUCCUCCAUUUUAUCAACGAACAAUCCUCCCGACAUGCGUUUCAUCUGGAAUCAAGCCAACGAGGCCCUGCAUUCAGAGCUGUUCUUGUCCCCGGGCAUAUCCACGGUAAUGUCGAUCUUGAUCAACGUCUGUGGGCGACCCAGCACCUCAAUGUUUGGCAACGGUGGAAUGGUGGGCACUGCAGUUGCCCUCGCCAAUGCUCUUGGACUGCACCGCGACCCCUCGGGCUGGGGAAUAUCGUCCCUCGAGAGGAGUCUUCGGAUUCGGCUAUACCUAGCUUAUGGAACACCGUUGCAAGUCCAUCGAGCUCAGUACGAUGUGCCUUUUCCAACGGCAGAUGACCUCUUUGCUGUCGAAGCCUCGCCAUAUGGAAGAUCGACAGCUUCUGUUUUCGUUGCGCUGACCACGCUGACGGAUGUACUCGCCCGAUAUCUAGAACAUAUAUAUGCCGUGUCGAGUAGUUUCCCAGUGGUUGAGCAAUCCGCCAUAGACUUGGAACGCAUGCUGAAUGAGUGGGAGGAGGCAUUGGCUGAAGACAUGCGCAAUCUCGUUCUUCGAGGAAUGCAUCAGGACCUACCGAGUGCUGCUAAUUUCCGUCUGGCUUACCUCGCAGUCAAGCUUCUGCUUCGGCGCAUACAGCUUGGUCUCAGUAGGAGCUCGGCAGGCGCAGACGACAAUAGCUUCUCACCAUUCUACAUCCCUGCUCAACGGGCCGCCGAAGACAUUGCGUACUUUGUGCAAGGGCUAACGGAGGAUCAGCUCUGUGGAUUCUGGCUUCCAGUGCUCGCGUUCUCCUUCACGUCAGCCACGAUGCUACUGCUUCGAAGUGGCUUGCGUAUGAGACACCAGCCUCACAACAAGCCAUUGAAAGUUGCGAGAGAUCUCAUUGACGCGCUGCGGGUACACAAAGAGAGGUAUGGAUGGGAUCUUGCGGAUCACUGUCUUUCGCACUGCAGUGAUUUGGUUGAGAAAGUGGGGAUGCACAGUAUACAAACCGAUGAUAGUCUCCUGGCGCCAGAUUAUGCCGAUCUACCUUGUAACAUCGAUAUGGACCCGGCUACUCUGGAGGAGCUCUUCGUCGGGAUCACUGGAUUCCCGGGCGAAUUCGAUGUCUAA